CAGACGGGGGCCGGCGUCGGCGGCGCGCUAUCAGCGGCGUGCCCGCGCUGGCUGUUGUAGUGAUACCGCGUCGUUGCGCACAGCCGGUCCUCGCCAACUCCGGAACGAAACCGUUCACAAACCACUAUUCUCUACACACCUAUAGGAAAGUAUUGACAAUUAAACUACGAUGACCCACACUGAUAACACGUGAAUGUGCACGUAUUAAAAUUUGUGAUCACAACACUCGGAAAUAUUUAAUUCUGUAAAUUCUGUGUAAAUUGUGUUGAAAUUGUUUCUAUGGAGGAAGAAUAAGCAAUGAGUGAUUAUUGAUUGUUUUCAAUAAAUUUUAAUGUGACGAUUAUUGUUUCGGGGACAGUUUGUAUCGCGCUGGAACGAAACAAGUGUGUCGUGUCGAGUUGACAUUGACCUUAAACGUAAACACGUGCGACUUUUCAACGAUGGAGUAUUUAAAGCAUAUUAGAGUGAAACCAGCAACGAAAACUAAAACUAAAGCGAAGAACAAUUGACUUGUAAUAGAGUCACGCAUUCUUCGGACGUCAUCAGUAUUAUAAACGUGACUAUGAACAGAAAAAUUGUCCUAGUUUGAGAGUCGCUCUACAACAAACUGCGCCGGAUUUUUUUACGCUCUUCGGAUGAAUUUGGACUUGGCUCGUUUCCAUGUUUCAUCUUUCGUCUGCCAUCAGCAUGAAACUGUUUCACAUGUGUGAGGUGAAAAUGACGUUGUGAUAUUAUUAAUAUGGUAGUAGGAUUUAUUUGAUUGAUUGUGAUGAAGUUGUGAGGAGUGAUUUUUUGUGGCAACUGUGUAAUCAGCGCAGGCAAAGUGCGGCGGUUUCGCAGCAGUCGCGUGCAACAAGUGCGUUGUUCUUGUAACACCAACGGGAAGGAUCGACAAGGUGCUAGAAUGCCCCCGAUCCUGCGCACGCCCGAUAAGAUGUGCUCGCUGUGUCCGCGCCGCAAGCACACACCGAAGAAGUUGGUGCGUUUUGAUUCCAUUAUCGCGACGUACGCCACGUACGGUGAUGGCACACCAACGAGACGGGCUACUGACAGCUGGCAGGGCAACGACAGUGAUCAAGCGCACUCGCCGCUGCUGGGCUCCGGAGACAACAAACCCAUUAAUGGCGAUGACGAAUGGGAGUAUGAAGAGAUCCAGCUGGAGCGCGGCGGCGCCGGUCUGGGCUUCAGUAUUGCAGGCGGCACUGACAAUCCGCACAUUGGUGACGAUACAGCCAUCUACAUCACGAAGCUGAUACCCGGCGGCGCCGCCUCCACCGACGGCCGCCUGCAGGUGAACGACUCAAUUCUGCAGGUGAACGACAUCAGCGUUGUGGAUGUACCACAUGCCGUCGCCGUGGAUGCACUGAAAAAGGCCGGCAAUGAAGUGAAACUGUACGUCCGGAGGCGUCGGUUGCCGGCCAGCAUGCAUCUACUCGACAUUGACCUGGUGAAAGGGAACAAGGGCCUGGGCUUCAGCAUCGCUGGCGGCAUUGGCAACCAGCACAUACCCGGCGACAAUGGUAUCUAUGUCACCAAGGUGAUGGACGGUGGCGCUGCGCAAGUUGAUGGCCGGCUUGCAGUUGGUGACAAACUCGUCGCGAUCAGAGAGCCGGGUCGAGGUGAAAUGAAUUUGGAGAAUGUGACACAUGAAGACGCUGUGGCAACGUUGAAAGCGACGCAGGACCGCGUAACGCUCAUCAUCGCCAAAACACAGAGUGCCUUCAAUCCUCCACCAACAUCAGAACCAUCAUAUUCACCACAAUUAUCCGUGAAGCAUCCGUACGCAGAAUCUCUUCAUUCAUCAUUACUGGCGCUGCAAUCGGCGACGCCGCGAGCUGUCAGCGCUGAAGACAUCACAAGAGAUGUGAGGACGGUCGUUUUGUCGAAAGGCAAUAGUGGUCUGGGCUUCAAUAUCGUCGGCGGCGAGGACGGCGAAGGCAUCUUCAUAUCGUUUAUUCUUGCUGGCGGCCCUGCAGAUCUCUGCAACGAACUGCGCCGCGGCGAUCAGAUCAUCAGCGUCAACGGCGUGAAUUUGCGAAAUGCCACGCACGAGGAGGCGGCCCAAGCGCUCAAGGGUACUAGCCAGACGGUUACGAUAGUCGUACAGUACCGUCCUGAGGAAUACAAUCGUUUUGAAGCCAAGAUUCACGAUCUUAAGCAACAGAUGUCCCAACAGGUUACUAGCGGGACGCUGCUACGUACAUCACAGAAGCGAUCACUCUACGUCCGGGCACUAUUUGAUUACGACCCAAUGAAAGACGAUGGCCUGCCAAGCAGAGGACUCGCCUUCCAUUAUGGCGACAUUCUCCAUGUCACGAACGCCAGCGACGACGAAUGGUGGCAGGCGAAACGCGUACUUAAUACAGGCGAUGAACAGGGAAUGGGCAUCAUUCCCUCGAAGAAGCGCUGGGAACGAAAACAGCGUGCCCGGGAUAGAUCUGUCAAAUUCCAGGGACAUAUGCCCAACAUUCUGGAAAAGCAAUCCACGCUAGAUAGGAAAAAGAAGAACUUUUCAUUCAGCCGGAAGUUCCCCUUCAUGAAGAGCAAAGACGACAAGUCCGAAGACGGCUCCGACCAAGAACAUUCCCAAUCUGUUUCACCUAUUUCUCCAAAUGAUAACGAUUCGAAAAUGCAAUCGUUCAUGCUGUGCUACACCCAGGAGGAUGCAAACACAGAAGGUGAAAUAUUAUAUCGCGUUGAGCUCCCGUACAUGGAAGAAAUCACGUUAAUAUAUCUGGAGAAUAAUGAUAAUUAUGACAACUAUAGUAAUGAGGAGAACGUUUUCUCGUACGAAGCUGUACAACAGAUGCAAAUAUCGUACACGCGACCGGUCAUUAUCUUGGGGCCGCUGAAGGAUCGCAUUAACGAUGAUCUCAUAUCAGAAUUUCCCGACAAAUUUGGAAGCUGUGUUCCACAUACUACCAGAGCAAAACGUGAAUAUGAAGUGGACGGAAGGGAUUAUCAUUUUGUCGCCUCCAGGGAACAGAUGGAAAAGGAUAUUCAGAACCAUUUAUUCAUUGAAGCCGGGCAAUACAAUGACAACUUAUACGGCACUUCGGUUGCUUCCGUUCGGGAGGUGGCUGAUAAGGGCAAACAUUGCAUUUUGGACGUGAGUGGUAAUGCCAUCAAGAGAUUACAAGUGGCUCAGUUGUAUCCGGUUGCAAUAUUCAUCAAGCCGAAAUCGGUGGAGUCCAUCAUGGAGAUGAACAAACGCACUACAGAAGAACACGCCAAGAAGACUUACGAGCGGGCACUGAAAAUGGAACAGGAGUUUGGGGAAUACUUUACAGCGGUUAUACAAGGAGAUACUCCUGAAGACAUCUACGCCACUGCAAAGGAGCUCAUUGCCCAGCAAUCUGGACCGAAAAUCUGGGUACCGACCAAAGAAAAACUGUGACCCGAGGCCCCGCCGGUUUGGACACUACCGCCGCGCUCACGCCUGCACUAGAUUUUCUCUUUCGGAAAGGACUUGGAACGCAUUCACAUAUGCAUACCGUUUCUUCACUCUUAUCUACGUGCAGUGCCUCGUUUCACAUUUUAACAUGCUGAGCUAUUUCAUGAUUUCUCUGGCAACACAAAAAUUGACGCAGAUGAAAGAGUAAAUGUAAAAAAAUACGUCUAUUCUCUAUUUCGAGUAGGCCCUCCCCCUCUUCUCGGAUAAGAUUUAACACAUUAUAUUGUCUGACAUGAACGAUGUUCAGGCCGCUUUUAAAUAGUUGUCGACAUCCUCAGAAUUAUUUUGAAAUUUUUACACAUACAUCGCACUUUUGUUAUUUGUAUUAACAACCUAUUCCAUAUUACGACAUGAAAAUGAAACAAUAAGGAAGAAAAUUACGGUAUUUAGAGCCAAACAUUUAAUGAAACAUAAAAAUGGAAAUAUGUAAUAGCCAAUUGUUAAAUUUAGGUAGUUUUAUGAAUGUUUUGUAGUGUAUGUAUGAUAUAUUUGAGAUUUCCCUGCCAACUUAAAAAAUAUUACUAUGACAAACCUUCAAAAUGGAGUAAUUUGAGAAAGAAAAAUCAAGUUGUACAUACACGGAAUAUCUAUGUGUAGCAAAAUCCAUAAACCUGUUAUUGUUAUUUGAAUUAAAACAAAACAAAAAGUUGUGACCUAACUUAUUUAAGUUAAACGAAUAAAUUUUAAUAUUUAAUACCGAUAUAA